CUAGCUAUGUUGGGAAAAACACGUACAAGAGAUAGUCGAGGAGCAAAUCGGCUUCUCUUAUUCAUAUCCAACAGGCCGUCCUGUGUGUGUGAGGCAACGACUGAGAGACAGUGGAGAUAGAGAGAGCAACACGAUGACAACCCAGCAGCAGGAGGGAGCCCAGUUUAUAGAUGAUCACAGGGCAGAGCUUAUUCAGAGGGUCAGUCCGGUAGAGCCCAUUGCAGAUGUCAUGCUCUCACAGGGACUGAUCCAUCCAGAGGUUAAUUCUAACAUCCUGGCUGCCAGAACCAGCCAGGACAAAAUGAGGGCGCUAUACGGAGCCAUGUCCACUCAACCCCAGAAGGAGGCACUCUACAGCAUCCUGGUGAAGAACUAUUCUUGGGUCACUCAGGACAUCCAUAGAAUGAGGAUAUUGCCGCUGGGAAAAACUUGUGCUGGGAGAAGUGCAUCAGGAAACACAAUCCUUGUGGAAGGACUGAGACAGGAGAGAAUGGCAAUCAGCAUGGGCCACACAGCGGAGGAGAUGAACAAUACCAGAGUGCUGCCGCUGAAACAGAAUGUUGUCGAGCGAGUGCCAGAUAGACCAUCAAGGAAGUCAGCAAAAUUCCACGUUAGAGUGAAUGGACUGAGAGGGGAGAUAAUGGAAAUCGACGUGGGCCAAUCAGAGGAGGAGAUGAACAAUACCACAGUGCUGCAGCUGAAACAGAAAAUUGCCCAGAGACUACCAGGCUGGGACAUAGAUACCCUGACGAUGAGAUACACAUGCAAGACUGGAAGACUCACGCCUGCUCUCCUGUUACGGAAUCCAGGACAAGUCUCUCAUUAAUCUAGUGCUUGAUAAAUAUAGAGAUUAAAGCAUCUUCACCAGUCGCAUCAUCCCACUACACUACUCUCCAAAAAAUGCUGGGUUGUUUGGUUGAUCCUGGGUUGGGUUGUUUUCUUUAAAAACUGCUGGGUUAUUGAUGCUGGGUGCUGGAUUAUUGUAAAUCCCAUUGUUGGGAUACAAUAAGGUGUUAUACCUUAUUAUAAUAUGUAAUAAUUAAUCCAAUGUGUAAAAUGCAAAUAAAAUAAAGGACAAUUUGAAUUUG